AUGAAAUCAGUUCCCUUUUAUUCCCUCUCUUCCCAUCGAUCGAUCCACUGUCGUCUUACCCCAACUUCAGGUUUGAAUCCACGUAUCAAAUCAACGACAUUGGAUUCCAGUUCCACAACAAUCAUCGACGAUCCGACAUCGGCUUCCGCUUCAGAAGAAGAAAGUCCAGCGAAGAUCGGUGCUAGGGUUAGGGUAAAGGUGCCGUUGAUGUCCCUCUUCAGAUUCAAUUUUGUAUGUAUGCCACAAACAUCAUCUGCGGUUGCAUUGUGGCCGGUGAAAUUGGAUUUAUUAAUUGAUCCUCAUUUAGAAAAUAUUGAAGCUGAAAAGACGACAAGAAAUAGAUCAAAAGGUAAAGAUAUAGACAAUCUAGUUAUUUAA